GGUGAACCAAUUCCUAAGCACUGGGAGUUCAUGUCUCUUGAUGAACCAUUCAAGCUUGUCAGUCUGGCAAUAGAUUCUGAUGAAUAUAAAGAGGUUUCUGCAUAUUACAGAUUUCAUGGAGCGGCAGGGAAUAUUCAUAAUGUAAAAAAAAAACAACAUGAUUUUAUGCAUAAAUCAAUCUAUGUUUACAAAAAAAAUUUAAUUAAAUAACACAAAAUUAAUCUUGUUCUGUAAAACAUUAAGUAUAAUUUUUGUAUAAAGGCACAGCUAAUUUUAGUUCUUUGAUAAGAUUGUUAUUUUAAGUUAAUAACUUAACUUCGUGUGUUUCAUUGUAAGUAUUUACGAAUGUGAAAUCAAUCAUUUGUUUUUGAACAGUGUAAGUAAUAUCUAUUUAUAACCUACUUCAUUUUACAAAAUACAUUAAAUAUAUUCAAAUUAAAUAACAAAAUUUGAAAUGUAUUCAUUUGUUAGAGAUAACAAAUUGCUAGCAAUCUUUGCCAAUAUUCAUUUAUUUUUAAAUUACAGAUUGAACGUGUCCAAAACAGAGCUUUGUAUCAACAAUUCAUAGCCAAAAAGAGGGAAAUUGAUUUCAGGAAUCCAAGCAAUAAAAAUGAAGUACCCCUAUUCCAUGGUUCAGAUUUCACAGCUGUAAAUGACAUCAAUAAAACUGGUUUUAAUAGAAGCUAUUGUGGAAAAAAUGGUAAUUUUUGUAACAUGGAUAUUAUUUGAAUUGCAAUUUAAAAUACAGAAAUUAUUAUUAGCAUUAUUCUUUCAUCUCAACAUAAAAAAAAUGAAUGUAUGAGAAAUUGUGAAAGCGUUAAGGUCUUUUAAUUUUGAAAAAAUUAAUUCAUUUUUUUCAGCGACUGUAUUUGGACUAGGUGUGUACUUUGCACAGUCAUCUGCAUACUCUGAACAAUACGCUUCACCUGAUGCCAAUGGAUUGCGUAAGCUGUAUCAAGCUCGUGUACUGGUUGGUGUUUCGGUUAUAACUGAUUCUAACACCAAGUAUUUACCCAAACAGCCUGGGUCUGACAUCCCAUAUGACUCGGGCAGAGCACCUGCCAGCAGAACAGAAGGCAUCCAUAUAAUAUUUCAUGACAGCCAAGCCUACCCAGAAUACAUCAUCACAUUUUCUCUGCCUAUGGGUCAUGUUGCCCCUUGA